AUGAAUGAUGGUAAAAAGGUUAUUGGCAGAUAUGAAGUUGAUAAUCACUGGGUUGUUCCAUAUAAUGAGUUAUUGAGAAAAUAUAAUGCACACAUCAAUGUUGAGAUUGUUGCUUACUUUUAUAUUGUGAAAUACCUUUACAAAUACAUUCACAAGGGUUUCGAUAAGGCUUCUAUAGUCAUUUAUAACCAACAAGAUAAUGUUCAAUCCGAAGUUAUUGAUAAGAUACAACAAUAUUUAGAUUGUAGGUAUAUCUCAUCUUUUGAAGCAUGUUGGAGAAUUUAUGAAUUCCCUUUACAACAAAGAAAUCCAUUAGUUGAAAGGUUACAAUAUCAUUUAGAAAACCAACAAGUUGUGUUUGAUGAUAGAGAUAACAUUGCUAAUAUUGUGUCAAGAGUUACAGAGCAGAGAACAAUGCUGACUGCAUGGUUUGAAACAAAUGCUAUAUAUGCUAAAGUGAGGAGUUUAACAUAUGUUGAAUUUCCUACACAAUUGGUUUGGAUUGAUAGUAGGAAAAUAUGGAUUAGGCGAAAGAGGGGGAAAUCGAUUAGGAGAUUAUAUUAUGCUCAUCCAACAUUUGGAGAACGUUAUUACCAUCACAUGUUGCUUUGUAUUGUUCAUGGUCCUACAAGUUUUACUGAAUUAUGUACUAUUGAUGAGAUCAUACAUGAUACAAAUAAAGCAGCAUGUAUAGAUUUUGGACUUCUCGAUGAUGAUAAUGAAUGA